GCACUGGACUCUGUAACUGGGGUGGAGAGCGUAGAGCCCUGCUACUUGAAUGCACAUCCAGCCCCACCUCCUUUCCCACAUAAACGUUUGUGAAGAUUCUCACUGAAUCACAACCAGAAGGGAAGGACAUCCCUGGAAGCACAGUUCCACAAAGUGCCACACAAUCCACUGGAAGGAAAACUCAGAAGAAAUAAUUGUUGAAGGCAACUGGUAAUGGACCUGAUCCCAAACUAUUCUAUGGAAACCCGGGUUCUCCUGGCUAUCUGCCUAGUGCUCCUCUAUCUAUACGGGACCUCUUCACAUGGCCUUUUUAAGAAGUUGGGAAUUCCUGGGCCAAAACCUCUUCCCUUUUUUGGAACUAUUCUGUCUUAUCGUAAGGGUUUUUGGGUUUUUGACACAAAUUGUUAUAUAAAGUACAGAAAAAUGUGGGGGUUUUAUGAUGGUCAACAGCCUGUGUUAGCUAUCACAGAUCCAGAUAUGAUCAAGACAGUGCUGGUGAAAGAGUGUUAUUCUGCCUUCACUAACAGGCGGUCUUUUGGUCCAGUGGGAUUUAUGAAGAAAGCCAUCAGUAUAUCUAAGGACGAAGAAUGGAAGAGAAUAAGAACAUUGCUGUCCCCAGCCUUCACUACUGGGAAACUCAAGGAGAUGUUCCCCAUCAUUGAGCAGUAUGGAGAUGUGCUGGUGAAAAAUCUGAGACAGGAAGCCAAGAAAGGUGAACCUGUCUCCAUGAAAGACAUCUUUGGGGCCUACAGCAUGGAUGUGAUCACUGGCACGUCAUUUGGAGUGAAUGUCGAUUCCCUCAACAACCCAGAGGAUCUGUUUGUGGGAAAAGUCAAGAAGCUCUUAAAAUUUGGUAUUUUUGAUCCACUCUUCCUCUUAAUAAUACUUUUUCCAUUUCUUACACCAGUGUUGGAAGCAUUAAAUAUCUCUAUGUUUCCAAGAGAUGUCACAGAUUUUUUAAAAAUAUCUGUUGAAAGGAUGAAAGAAAGUCGCCUCAAAGAGAAACAAAAGCACCGAGUGGAUUUUCUUCAGCUGAUGAUAAACUCCCAAAAUUCCAAAGACGCAGAGUCUCAUAAAGCUCUUACUGAUCUGGAGAUUGUGGCCCAAUCAAUUAUCUUUAUUUUUGGUGGCUAUGAAACUACUAGCAGUGCUCUUUCUUUUGUUAUGUAUGAAUUGGCCACUCAUCCUGAUGUCCAGAAGAAAUUGCAGCAGGAGAUUGAUACAAUUUUGCCCAAUAAGACACCUGCCACCUAUGAAGCCCUAGCACAGAUGGAGUACCUGGAUAUGGUGGUGAAUGAAACACUCAGAUUAUACCCAAUUACUGGAAGACUUGAGAGGGCUUGUAAGAAAGAUGUUAAAAUCAAUGAAGUGGUCAUUCCCAAAGGGUCACUGGUGCUGAUACCAAUCUAUGCCCUUCAUCGAGAUCCCAAAUACUGGAAAGAUCCUGAAGAGUUCCACCCUGAAAGGUUCAGUAAGAAGAACAAGGGCAACAUUGAUCCUUACAUAUACAUGCCUUUUGGGGCUGGACCCAGGAACUGCAUUGGCAUGAGGUUUGCUCUCAUGAACAUGAAACUUGCUCUCAUCAGAGUCUUACAAAACUUCUCCUUCCAAACUUGUAAGGAAACACAGAUCCCUAUAACAUUUAGCAAACAAGGACUUCUUCAACCUGAGAAAGCGGUUCUUUUGAAGGUUGUGUCAAGAGAAGAGACCUUAAGUGGAGCGUAAUUUUUCCUACAAUCUUCUGCUGUGUUUUGUUCUUCAUGGAGGCUGUGUCAUAGAACACUAGUGACCAAUUUAAAUAAUUUAGAAAUGAAAAUGUACUGAAUCUUCUCCACUUGAUGAAUGAUUGAAAUUCUGGACUUUCACUGUGAUUGCUCACUGUGUGUGGAGUAUUACCUACUGUAUCAGAUUAGUGGGAAAUAGGCAGACACACCAUCCCUGGGUCAUGUGAUGACCUAUCCACCCACACAGGGGCAGAGGGAUGGGAAGUGGUGUUCAUGGGGGCCACCCACCCCCCAAGACAGGCUGAGCUACAGACCUAAGAGCCUAAGGUCAUUGAGGCUCUCUCCCAUGAUCCUGCCUCAGGCCAGACUGUGCUGAGUGCCUGCUAAAACCUAGACUCUGUUUUGAAAGGGCCUUGGACUCUAGAACAUCCUAGCUCAAUCUGGGGCUACAGUCUCACCCCAUAUUGCUGAAACUGUGCCUUUGCUGGUUGUGACUGCAGCACAGUAGGCUUUGUAGAAUCUAGAGCACUUCCCAGAUGCUGCUCACUAAGGGCAAGGCUUAUGAGAAUGCAGGACAGACCUCUCCCAAGUGCGCUGUGCCAAGGCCCAGGGCCUUUGGAAACAAAUGGAUUGAUUCCAGAGGAUAUAGCAAGUCUGUCCUCCAGGCUUCUCUAUCCUUCCCUUUUCUCUGGCCUAUAGGCUACCAUCAGCCCACCCUGAGCUGCACUUGUGUGGCUUUACUUCCUGAGUCUCCCUAGGCCCCAGUCUUCAUUUUUUUGCAAGAAGAGGGUCCCAGAUACAGUUCCCCUCCCAACCAAAAUGGUUCAGCAAGUGUGAGAUGGCUUAUAGUGCAACCAUAGAAGUGGUGAGCAUCACUGCUGACUGUCUGGACUGAUGGUUGCUGUGGGUGUCUGGCCAACUGGAGAAAACAGCCGUGUCUACCCUUAGUGAGCUUUUGUGGAGCACAGUUCAAAGGUGCCCUCCUAUGUCUCUCUCCAAGGUUACCAGCUGGCCAUUCUCAUCUCUUCCUGGGGAGGACACAGGCAUGGUGGAUGAGGAUGAAUUUCUAGAACAUGGACUGGUCUCUGGACAGUGUGUUCUUUCAUUCCACAUGCGCAGGGUUGAAUGUGAUGCUUGGGCCACGUCCUUCCCCAUUCUUUCUGAAGCACAUGAUUUUUUCCCUUCCAGGACACAUGGGACCAGCUGCUCCUCUGGUAAAACAUUCUUUUUCCUCCUCUCUGAGGCUGGCUUUGCCUGGCCUGUCCACCCAGAAAAGUACACACAACAACAAGGCCCAGCAGCUGCUGGGGCAGUGAGAGGACCCUAGGUAUUAAGGGAUACCCUGGCAGAUCUCUGGGUUCCCAGAGCCCACCCACACCCUGCUGGCUGUGUUCUGGAGCCAAGUGUCUUAGCACUGGGUCUAGGAGUGAUGCUGACCAUGCCCCUCUUUGUUGUCCUUAUGGUUGGUUAACUGACUUACUGAUUGUGUGAAAUGAUCCCCCCAGCUCAUAGGCCUUCAGCUUAUUCUUGUCCAGGAUUUUUGUUCAUGGCCCUGUGAAUGAUGACUGGAAGGUUAUCCUGGUUUGUCACCUGGAUCAAGGCACGGAGAGCCCAGCAGAGCAUGGGUUCUGGAGUGGCUCCCCAGCAUGCAGUGACCCUCAGCACUGAGCACAGCAAUUAACAGUGAAACCAGGGCCACUUCACCCUCUCUUGCUCCACAGUAUUGGUGUCCAUGGAAUAAAGGGCUCUUUUUCCCAUAGCCCCAUUCUCCUAUAACAGCAUGCCCUCUCCUCUUAUGCCACCUUGGGGAGCCACUUGCUCCCAAGGACCACAGGAUCUGGGAACAGACAUCUCAGCUCUCAGGAGGAGCCAGCACAUGCCCAGUGGUUUCCUCCACACCGGGCCACCCUGCACUGGAGGCUGUAGUGGUUAAUGGCAUAGCCAGAACGCUGGAUGCCUGGACCCUUGAGGGCCAGAGUACAGGUGGGUCCCAAACCCAGGAUCAUUCAGGCAUGUGCCCCUGCCAGCCACACUAGCACCUGAAGCUAGACUAGCUUGGUGCAGGGUGGUGUGUAGUGAGCAUGUGACCUUGUGUGGGGGUGCAGAUGGCUCAUCAGCAGGCAGAGCCAUGGAGAAAGUGAGGGGUUGUCUCCUAUGCCCAUACACAUUCUUUGAACAUCCCUGCCAGCUCCAUGUUCAAAUGACACACAGACUUCACAGCUACCAGCACUGCAGCCCCUUUCUCCUGGCCUGGCCUGCAAUGCCAGGCUUGUCAGCAGCCCCUAUUCCUCUCUGGCAACAGUCCACCCUCACAGAGAGGCUCAAUGUUAUUCUGCCCUCCAUUGCCCCAGGUUCUGUGUCCCUCUAUGAGAAAGUCAGAGGCCAUGCAGUGAAGCAUGGGCCCUAGACAUUUCCCUGACCUCAUGGUCCCCAGCCCCUGCUUUUCCACCUCAGGCCUCUUCCUUGUCCCAUCCAGAGGCCCCAAUCCUCAUGGCCCUGGGCAUAUGGAUCCCCUCUCUCACCCCAGGUCAGACUUUUAGUACUGAUCUCUGUCUUCUUUCUUCCUAUCUGUCCACCUUGACCCAAUAGAAGGCCUACUCUAGGAGAUCAGGAGUGCUACACAGUGUUCAGCACAGGAUUGCCUGGCUAAGUGAGGCAACAGUCGCCCCCUGCUGGCUGUAGAGUGACAGCUAGGAGCUGUGGCUGCAGCCACUAACAGGGUGCUGGUGGAUGCGUGGUAGACAGUGACAGUGAGGACACCCUGCUGGAGGCCAAGCUGAUGCUGGAGAUCCCUGGGGAGACUUGGGAAGACAACACUGAGUUCAGUAGGAUGGUGAUACCCUGCAGGGCACCCCAGCCUGGUAGCCAGCUCUCUGACUGCUAGAAGCUGUGUUCAGGGGCCAGGUUUCUUGUCCACUCUUGUGGUUGCAGAGUGGGGGAGGCUGGCCACAGGAACGAAGAGAAGAAGAAUGGGUGGGAACCUUCUUCUCCUGGCCACUGGGGGGUCUAGGACAGAGCCCAUGCUGAUCCCUUCCAGUUAGUAGCUGGAGGAACUACCUAAGUACAUGCUGAGCACACUGGACAUGUCUUCCUGCUGAGGUCUGGGCUGCACCUGAGCUGGUCACAGGACAUGGAAUGGAGCUGCUGCUGGUCUUGAGCUUGGUGCCAGAGCUGGAUGCAAGAGCCUGUGUGCCUGAGGGGCCUCCCCAAGGACACAGCCCAUGUCUGGAACCCUGCAGUCUGUGCUCAAGGAGCCAUGCUAGAUGCUGCGUCAGGCAUCUGAGGAACCAUUCAGAACCACUCAUUUUGAAGCAGGAUUUAAAGAAAAACAAGUUCUUCUCAGUCUUGGGCAGCUCCCCGCCUCCAUCUUCCCUCUUCCCCUUGUAGCUAUAACUCCUUGUUCUGGUACAGAUAAGGGGACAGAAAUAAGA